AUGGGGAAAUUGGAAAACACAAGAUGUGGCAAGGACUUUAGUCAAAGAACCCAUGAAUGUUCACAGAGAAUUCACACUGGAGAGAAACCUUGCAAAUGUAAUGAGAUGGGCAAGGUCUUUACUCAAAAAGGAAACCUUACAUGUCAUCGUCAAAUAAUUCAUGUAGGAGAGAAACUUUAUAAAUGUAAUGAAUAUGGGAAGCUCCUCAGUAGAAAGAUAAACCUUAAAAUUCAUAAUAGAAUUCAUACUGGAAGGAAACUUUAUAAAUGUAAUGAAUGUGGCAAGGUCUUUUGGCACAGGGCCACCUUUUCAUUUCAUCAGCAUAUUCAUGCUAGAGAGAGACCUUACAAAUAUAAUGAGUGUGGCAAGGAUUUUAGUCAAAAAGAAAGUCUUGCAGUUGAUCAUCAAAGAAGUUAUUCUGGGGAGAAACCUUACAAAUGUGAUGAGUGUGGCAAGGUUUUCAGUAGAAAGAAUUACCUUCCAAUUCAUAAUAGAAUUCAUACUGAAGAGAAACAUUACCAAUGUAAUGAUUGUGGCAAGCUUUUUCAGUAUAAGUACAGCCUUGCAAGCCAUCUGAUUAUUCAUACUGGAGAGAAACCUUACAAAUGUAACGAGUGUGGCAAGCUUUUUCAGCAUAAGAACAGCCUUACAAGCUAUCUGAGGACUCAUACUGGAAAGAAACCUUACAAAUGUAAUGAGUGUGGGAAGGUCUUCAGCAACAAGAGCUACCUUACACGUCAUAAUACAGUUCAUACUGGAGAGAAACCUUACAAAUGUAAAGAGUGUGGCAAGAUGUUUCAGUGAACAUCCGCCCUUUCAGUUCAUAAGCGUAUUCAUCGCAGAGAGAAAUGUUCUUCUAAGGAGCAAGUGUGUUUUAAUUUUAUGAGUGCAGUCACAGUCCACAGUGAUUUCGG